CUUCUUUCUCUUCAACUUCCCUUCUCCUUCACUAUUGCUUCUUCAUAAGUUUAACUUUUCACCGCCUCCCACAAAAUUUUAGUAUUCUAUUCCACCUAAAAGAAAGGUAAUUAAAUUGACUGCACCAUUUUAGAGAGAGAGAAAGCAAGCAGUGAGAGAUCCAUUCUUUGCUUAUAAGCUUGUGUUGUUUAGGGUUCAAAUACCUCAUAACAAAUUGCCUAUUUUAUUUGGUUUUCUUUCUAAUUACAAUCAUAUAGGACUCCCUUUCCUGAGCUUAUCUCUUUUUCUGACCAAACCAAUCACAAAUAGAGUCUUCAAAGGGAUGUUAGAAAAGAUGGCAGAAGAAACAAUUUCAAUUCCAAAUGGUUUUGUUCAGAACCCAGUUGGUGGAUCUAAUCCUUCUGUUGCAAAGAAGAAGAGAAACCUUCCAGGAACCCCAGAUCCUGAAGCUGAAGUCAUAGCCUUGUCACCGAAGACACUGAUGGCCACCAACAGAUUCUUGUGUGAAAUAUGCGGAAAGGGUUUUCAAAGAGAUCAGAAUCUGCAGCUUCAUCGACGAGGGCAUAAUCUUCCAUGGAAGCUGAAACAAAGGACUAGCAAAGAAGCAAGAAAACGCGUUUAUGUUUGUCCCGAAAAGACUUGUGUCCAUCACCACCCUUCUAGGGCUCUGGGGGACCUAACAGGUAUUAAAAAGCACUUUUGUAGGAAGCAUGGAGAGAAGAAGUGGAAGUGUGAGAAGUGCUCAAAGCGAUACGCUGUGCAAUCCGACUGGAAAGCGCACUCAAAAACCUGUGGCACUAAGGAAUACAAAUGCGACUGUGGAACUAUAUUUUCGCGGCGGGAUAGCUUUAUCACCCACAGGGCAUUCUGCGAUGCCUUGGCUGAAGAAACUGCUAGAGUAACAGCGGCAUCUAACAUGAACAACUUGGCCCACAGUGGUCUCAACUAUCAUCUUAUGGGGACUCCACUAGGGCCAACGAUGGCGCAACAUUUCUCUUCUAUUUUCAAGCCAAUCUCAAGCAGUGAUGAAAUACUGGAUCAAACAAGGCGGGGACUCUCCCGAUGGAUGGGUCAAGGAUCUCAAGCCCAUGAAACAAUAGGCAAUACUCUCCAAGAAAUUCAUCAACUCGGUUCAGUGAAUUCGGUGCCCCUUUAUGAAGGUCCUCUUGUGUCUUGCUCAAAUCCGCCUCCAUCUGAUUAUCAACUAAAUUGGGUGUUCGGAGAUAAGCUUUCUUCAGCCAAUGUUGAAGCCCUAUCCAGCACUUCACUCCUCUUAAGCGAUGUUAAGGAAGCUGGAACUCCGCUCGUGAGUGUUCCUUCUCUGUAUAGUUCCCAACACUAUCAUCAAGCAACGUCGGCGAGUAUGUCAGCCACUGCUUUGUUGCAAAAAGCUGCACAAAUUGGUGUAACUUCAACAGACUCCUCUUUCUUAGGGAGUUUGGGGUUGAAGUGCAGCAACAAUCAGGUUCAAGAUGGGGACAAAUAUUGUGGAUUGUAUGGUUCAAAUUCAAACACAAUAGGCAACGCUCUUGGAAGUGAUGUGGAGAACUCGGGGAGUGACAUUACAACAUUGAAUCAGCUGCAAAUGUACCCAGCCAAACACCGGCACUUGCAGAGUGAUGACAGUAGCGGAGGACAAACCAGAGACUUCUUGGGUGUUGGCGUGCAAGCUAUCAGUUGUCACCCAUCAUCCUUCAAUGGAUGGAUUUAAUUAAUAUUAUCAAAUUACAUGGAAAAUUCAUGAAUUAUAUAUUUCUCAAUGGAAAGCAAGUUGAUAUAAUAAAGUGGAGUUCAAGUUGGGGAUAAAAAAAGGGCGAGAAUUAUUAGUUUGAACCUUCGCGGAGAGGGGAAAAAGAUAGCAUUGAGUGGUAGAUGGGAGCUUAAAAGUUGUGCUCAGAAAAAAAACUAUUCCAGGAGCUGAAAGAGAACAUCCAUGCAUAUUCUGUAGAAACCUGAAAGAUGUUCCCUUCAAAGGUGGUGGCUUUUAUUUUUGAUAAAAAAGAAGUAAAGUGGUGGGGGCGAAGUAAGAGUCCCUUUUGAGCUCCAUUAUUGCAAUCUAUCAUAUCUCAGAGUUUGUGGUUGUUGUCUUGUUCAACUGAGUUUAAAAGACCAUUUCCAGUUUCAAAAA